AUGGGGACCCAUCAAAACCUGGAACAAAUGAUGAUCGCUAAUCCUUUACUGCGGAACCUGGCCAUGUUCAGCAGUAAGACAUUGAAGGCAGGAAUCGAAGAGAAGGGCGGCGGCAAUGAGCGGAAGUUCCCUCUGAAGAUAUUUUCCAAGAAGUUUCCGCGAAAGCAGUCAAGAGCAUUUGACAAUAACUUUGAUGAGGACUACGUGCGACUAAACGAGACGUAUUUUCAAGACGUUGACAUGACUGACAACGACAUCCGACGACGGCCCGCUGAGCGACCAACCUUAGCUGUGGAGAUGCCGGAGCCAACGAUAUCUUUUCAGGAAGAGGAACAUCCUUUCACAGCGACUGAAUCAAUCUUUUCAAUAUCUGAAAGUGGGCAAGCGGUUGCAAUGCCCGUUCGGAUUUCGCAGACCGAUGAUGACGACCUCACCAGCCCAUCUCCUCCGAUUAAUCUGAACCGACGAAAUGAAGUAGCCAGAUCGCAGCCUGCGCUCGAAGACAUCAACUACCAUCGAUCUUCCGCUCCUUCAGCAGAAAAUGGACGUCCAGUGUUAUCAAAAAUCCAAACUAAAAAGAAGAAUGCCACAGUAUACGGACUGAACAAAUCAAAAUUCCAAGGAUAUUUUUACAUGGAAGAAAUUGAAGAUUUGCACUCGACUGAGCUAUUAGAUGAACGUGGGCCAGUCAAAGUCAAGGAAAGUGAGCUGAGGAGAAGUGCGGAAACGGAGCGAAAUCCGAAUAGACCCGAAAUACGAACUGACGAGGCUGUGGUGCUGCCUAGACAACAAGGAAAUGGCUAUGUGGUGUCUGGCACUCGCUAUUACGUCGAUAAUCGCAUAGAUGGAGAUGUUCGUGCGCACGGAGAUAUGAUGGUGGAUGAUUACAAGUUGAAGGAGAAGAGCAGCGAAUUCUCUGAAAUGAUGAAGGAUCCUCUUUUCGCAGUCGAGGUCGAACUUUCCCGAAUGAAGAAACGAAGACGAAAGACCCUGGCGCAAAAAGGAGUGAAAACACACUACAAAAAUCCAGAGAAGUUUCCACUUUUUGAUCCUGAGCCAAAUUCGACAGUGUCCAUGAUGCAUAAGGGAGGAAAGGUUUUCGAGAGAAGAAGCACCAACAUUGGAGGGAAAAUGAUAACGGUUGAGCUUGGGAACAAGAACCUGCAAGGUGUGGACUUGAUCGUAAGACCUGGCUCAGUUGUCCACGAUUCAAUACCUCAGAGCGGUGAGAUUGUGUCUCAAAAGGAGCAGAACAUUCAGCAAGGUGUAUUGAUGGACUCUGAUGCAUCAUCGGUAGGCAAGGUCGCAACAUUGUCUAAUGGUGUAACGACUUUUGAACGGCCAACCGUCCUCAGCACAGAAACAUUGAUGCAGGACACACAGCAAGACACUUGUUUCUAUAUGCAGCCCGAUGCUCUCAUCACUGGACUUUCUCCUAUCAACAGUGCAGUUGGACUGAGUGAACUGGAAUGCUUAGCCCUCUGUGCACAGACUUCUAAGUGUGGCUCGGUGAAUUAUGCAAGCACGGUCUCGAGUUGUGAAAUCUUCGAUCGAAGUGAAGGGCCUAACAACAUUGUUAAGAAUCUACUUGGAUAUUUUCAUUAUAUACCAAGGCACAAGGAUCUGAAAAGUUGCAUGAGCGAUAUACUUUCCUCAUCUAAGGGGGACUCCCUGAAUGAAAUGGACUCCCCGCUACGCUGCGCCGGAGUUGGAUUAUGCUCUAUAGUACCUGAAAUGAGAGUUGUGGAAUCGCGAUUGAAACUAGUGUACCGUCGCUUAUUUUCGUCACGAGCAAAAUGCUCCAGCGACUCAGCGGUGCUUUUCGUUCGCACUUUGCACUCCCAUAGUGAUGUCGAUAACGUGAAGGAUGUGGUAUUCACUAUCAAUGAAGAUGACUGCGUCUUUGCAUGCUUGAGGAAUAAAGUCCUAGACUCUCGUCCCAUGCAUUGCGCCUCUGCCGAAUACGACAUCUACAAUCAACGGUGUACGCUGCACUCAAAGCCAAGAAAGACGGAACUUAUACCUCGCACAAACACCACAUUUUACGAGAAAAUCUGCGUAUCAAUGGCUGUCUCCGCUCAGUGCUCCGGAGCCGCAGUGGAUCGCAGAGCCAACAUGGUAAUGGUUGGAACUCUGCGCAGCACCGCCACCACCGCAAAUCCAGAGGAAUGCAUAGAAAAAUGCGUCACUGCCGAAAAGGAGUUGGGUUUUCAGUGCCUGUCAGUGAUGUUCUACUAUGAUGAAACACUAUUAAACUGUAUUUUGAACGAUGCAAGUGCGAAAACAAAUCCAGCAUCGCUAGCCGAGGAGGACAAAUCCAUAGUUGACUAUUUCGGUGUUGAUGAUUGCUACGGCAUGCCUGAAGCGGCGGACACUCGACAGACAUUUUUGCGAAGCUUCCCGCUGGGACUGGAAGCCGACGCAAGAGGGGAACAAGCUCCUCCUUCUGGUGCCCUGAUCGAGAUGCUACGGCGAAGCUGAUAGCCGUUUGCUAUACGGAAAAAUGGACUAUGACGUAUAUGCUGCCUUCAAACGAUUAGCCAUCUGAACGCCUUUCAGGAUUGAUCA